GCCUGCUGGUCCGCCAAGUCGCCGGCAGCCGCCGCUACAGCUGCAGCCACGCCGCCGCUGACACCGCAGAGCGCACAGUGGUCCGCCGCCAUGUUGAGCCUGAGGCUGGGUAGGGCGCUGGGCCAGCGCUGCAAGUCUUCGGCAGUGUCGCUGGAGUGUCCGAUGGCGGCUCCAGAGGCCGCGGACCAGCCGGCUGCAGAGGAGUGGAGCCGCGCGCGCCCCUACCGCCAGGUCCCCGGACCCACGCCGCUGCCCAUCGUCGGCAACACCUGGCGCUUCCUGCCGCUAGUAGGCGACUUCAGCAUCCCCGGCAUGGCGGGCGUGUGUGAGCGGCUGCGCGCGCAGUUCGGGCCCGUGGUGCGGCUAUCAGGGUUGCUGGGCCGGCCGGACAUGCUCUUCCUGUUCGACGCCGACCUGGUGGAGCGAGUCUUCCGCGAGGAGGACGCGCUGCCCCACCGUCCCUCCAUGCCGUCGCUCAACUACUACAAGCACGUCCUCCGCAAGGACUUCUUCGGCAGCGCGCCCGGCGUCAUCGCAGUGCACGGCGAGGACUGGCAGGCGUUUCGCAGCAGGGUGCAGCAGCCGAUGCUGCAGCCCAGGACUGCGCGGCUCUACGUGGCGCCCAUACAGCAGGCCGCGGAGGACCUGGUCCGCAGGUGCCGGUUGCUGAGGGCCCGUGACGUACAUCAAGAGAUGCCUGCAGACUUCCUGAAUGAGCUUCACAAGUGGUCCCUCGAAUCGAUCGGCCGCGUGGCGCUGGACGAGCGGCUGGGAUGCCUGGACGAGGACGCGCCGGCCGACACGCAGGCCCUCAUCGACGCGGUCAGCACCUUCUUCCACUACGUGGGCAUCCUCGAGCUGAAGGCGCCCUUCUGGCGCUUCUUCAGCACGCCCGCCUGGCGGCGCUACGUCGCCGCACUCGACCAGAUCACCAGCAUCACGUGGCGCCACGUGCAGCGCGCCCUGCGCCGCCUGCAGCAGCUGGACUCCAGCGGGCUGAGCGACCCGCCGCUGCUGCUGAGGGUCCUGCGGACCGCCGACGAGCGCACCGCCUGCCUGCUGGCGCUCGACAUGUUCCUCGUCGGCAUCGACACGACAUCGACGGCGGUGGCGUCGAUCCUGUACCAGCUGUCGCAACACCCAGAGGAGCAGGAGCGGCUGCACCGUGAGGUGGAAGCAGUGCUGCCAAUUGCGGGGCAGCCUGUUAGCGCCCAGCAGCUGGACCAGCUGCUCUACCUCAAGGCCUGCAUCAAGGAGACCCUCAGGUUGUAUCCAGUGGUAAUAGGCAAUGGCCGCUGUCUGACGAAGGACACCGUCAUCGCUGGAUACCAGAUACCGAAAGGGACGCAGGUGGUGUUCCAGCACUACGUGAUGGGUCGGUCGGAGCGCUACUUUCCGCAGGCGGGCCGUUUUCAGCCGGAGCGCUGGCUGCAGUCCCGUACCCACCACCCGUUCGCGUCGCUCCCCUUCGGCUACGGCCGUCGCAUGUGUCUCGGCCGCCGUUUCGCUGACCUCGAGAUACAGAUGGUCAUCGCAAAGAUGGUGCAGGCCUUCCGCAUCGAAUACCACCACGAGCCGCUGCAGUAUGCGGUGCACCCCAUGUUCACCCCGGACGGACCGCUGCGGCUACGGCUGGUGGACCGCAAAUGAACCGCUGGUCAUUGCUGCUGAGUUUUCCAGAGACGCCAUCAACUUGCCUGGCCUUUCCAGAGAGAGGGCACCUUUGGAAAUGGCCAGCACACGUCACGUCCGCUUUCGCCUUUCAUAGUGAAAGGCCGUUUACACAGCUGCGCAGUUCCCGGUAGAUUAUACUGAGCAGGAAAUUAUUGUCUCGAGAGUCACUAUAUUACGGCUCGUCACAGACCUAGCGACAGAUUAUCUGAUGAGGAAAUCAUAGUAGUCCCUUAUAAAAUCUUUGUUAGUCAUUUUCACUAUUAUCAUUAUCACCACGUUCCCAUCACUGAUUAGACACUUAACUUCAAUAUCUCUGUAGGGGAAUGACUCGUGGUGGAGAACAUAGUUAAUGCAUGUACGAAUUACCAUCUUUUGGAUAAUUGUUUGCUGUUUCAGGCCGAUCAUUGGAGAAUAGAUUUCCCAGUCGAAUCAUAUUAGGUAUUGAGAAGCAAGAGCACAGACCAGACGUCUUAAGUAGCCCCAUUAAAUAUAUCUAUUUAAUGUAAUAUAUACUGCCUUUAAUGUUUGUAUAACUUAUACUGUACUGUAAUGUAAGCUGUUUAGAAUAAAAUCAUGUGAAAACUAUUA